UAUAAGUAAGGAAAACGAUAGAAAUAUAAUAGCGAUUGUGUUCCUCCAACGGGAAUCACAACGGUGGUGUAGCACGAAGCGCAUUGUGCGUUGCGUUGGGUAGUGUUGCGGCGAUUUUGUCGCAUCCUCUCUGAAGAGUAGAGAGCCAGCAUCGGUUCGGUAGUCUGCAGCAUCGGAGCGAGAGGGAUUCUACGAGAGGUUGAUCAUUCGUCGGUUCUCUGCAAUUUGUUCUAAAUGGUAUUUACAAACGUGUAGAGUUGAUUGUUUUGGACAGGAAAAAUGACUUUUUACCUUUGUUAGGGCGUAGCUGGUUGGAUGUUUUUUAUGUUGGUUGGAGAAAAGCUUUCGCAAAUUUUUCUACGGUCAACAAUAUGGUUAUUAGCUAUGCAAAUGAUAAAACGAUUUUAGGAAUCAAGGAGCGGUUUUCCAAGGUUUUCCAUAAAGAUUUUUCUUCUCCAAUUGUUGGGUAUGAGGCUGAUUUGGUGUUGAAAGAAGAUUCUCCAGUGUUUAGAUGGGCUUACGACGUUCCGUAUAGAUUACAGGAAAAAGUUAUAGAGCAUUUGGAGAUGCUAGAAAGAGAAAAAGUUAUAACACCAAUCAAGACUAGUGAGUGGGCCUCCCCUGUAGUUAUAGUAAUGAAGAAGAAUCAGAUCAGUAUUGGAAGCGUGAUCGUAAGAGCGCAUCGCUCGCAAUUGAGGGUCCCGAAGGCGAGUAGUAGGCAUCAGAAUUUGGCUGCUCCGUGCAAGAGAGACUGUAAGCGUAACAGGCAUCAUUCAGAGGACGAAUUCUUCGGCUUCUCUAACAUUGAAGUAGAGUCGGAUAAGAAGAAAAUACGGGCGAAUGACAAUUCGAGUUACGCAGCAGGAUCGCCGGCACUGAAGCGGUCAGAACGAAUAAGGUUACGCCGCGAAAACAUGAAAUUUAAAAAGUGAAGUGCGAACAAAUUUUUACUAUUGAAAUGAAAUUAUGAAUUAAAAUAUAUAUCAACGCUUUUUUGUGAAAAGGGCGAUACUUACAAAUGUAAACAUAAGCCUUUUUUCAUACAUGCGAAUGAGGGCUUUUAAACGCAACAAAUUAACCUAAAAAUUUUGAUUCUACGAUAUUGCUUUCUUAAACUACAGCAAAAAAAUACAACGGCCGGAACUGUAUUUUUGUCUGUUUAUUUAAAGUUUUGCCCUCCACGCUCCAUGCAAACAAACAGGGCGAUACUUGUUUUGCUAGCAGUUUAGAGGCGAAACUGUUAUUUUCGUAUUUUUUUAGGAUUAUCAAGCUGAUACCAGGUGUAGAUAGUAACAAUGAUCUCUAUUGAAAAAAACACGGACGAAAUCGGUGGUGUAGAACGGUAGUUAUUGUAAAAAAAACGUAAGGGCGAUACUUCAAUGCUAAUAGGUGGGACCGAAAAAGUAAACAAUCGCCAAAGGGACGAUACUAUCAUUUUGUCAAUUUCAAUAGCAAAAACAAAUUUUAAUUCAAUAAUUUCAAAUACUUUAUGAAAUUUUGGGUUUCGAUCACUGAAUCAUGCAAUCAGGAUGUAAAAAAACACAAUAGUUCUUAAAUAGGAAAUAAAACCAAGUCUGGAAAUAUUCACUGUUGAUUUUUUUUGAAUGGUAUCACUGCUAGUAUCGUCCUUUUCAAGAAAAAGCGUUGAUAUGUAAUUUAAUUGUAAUCAAAAGUAAUUAAUUUAAGGUAUCAAUGGAUACAAAAUGAAAAGCUUUCGAGCGUUUAAGGACGCAGUCAGAAACUAAUACAUAUUUAGAACGUUUAAGGACGCAAUCAAAUCAAUAAAAUAAUGAAGCGUUAAAGGGCGCAGUCAGGCAAUUUAAAUAAUUAGAGUGCCUAAGGACACAAUCAAGUGUUUAAACAAAAAUAGGGUUAGCUUAAAAGCAUAGCAUCAAAGGAUGCAUUCAAAUCUAAAAGAUGAAGAAUUGUUGUGUUCAUGAAAGGGCUUAGCUA